AUGGCGGCGCCGUCCCCAACAACCACCCACCACCGCCUCCUCCUCCCCGCCUCCACCCACCGCCGCGCCGCCGCCGCCCUCGCCCCCUCCGCGCUCCGCCUCCCCAUCCGCGCCCGCACCACCGCCCGCAUCUGCGCCGCCGCCGCCCCCGCCGCGGCCGCCACCGCGUCCCCGCCCGCCUCCGCCGCGGUCGCCGUCGAGGGCAAGCCCACGGUGCUCGUCGCCGAGAAGCUCGGCGCCGCGGGGCUGGCGCUGCUGCGGGAGUUCGCCAACGUGGACUGCUCCUACGGCCUCUCGCCCGAGGAGCUCCGCGCCAAGAUCUCGCUCUGCGACGCCCUCAUCGUGCGCUCCGGGACCAAGGUCGGCCGCGACGUCUUCGAGGCCUCGGGCGGCCGGCUCCGCGUCGUCGGCCGCGCGGGCGUCGGGAUCGACAACGUCGACCUCGCCGCCGCCACCGAGCACGGAUGCCUCGUCGUCAACGCGCCCACCGCCAACACCGUCGCCGCCGCCGAGCACGGGAUCGCGCUGCUCUGCGGCAUGGCCAGGAACGUCGCGCAGGCCGACGCCUCGCUCAAGGCUGGUAAAUGGGCACGCAACAAGUACGUUGGUGUAUCCCUUGUUGGCAAAACUCUCGCCAUCCUUGGGUUUGGAAAGGUUGGCUCAGAGGUUGCACGCCGUGCUAAAGGUCUAGGAAUGCAUGUGAUCGCCCACGAUCCAUAUGCUUCUGCUGACCGUGCUCGUGCAAUUGGAGUUGAGCUAGUUAGCAUGGAGGAGGCCAUGACAACCGCUGACUUCAUCUCAUUGCAUAUGCCCCUUACCCCUGCAACAGACAAGAUGCUGAACGAUGAAGCAUUUGCUAAGAUGAAGAAGGGUGUUCGGAUUAUCAAUGUUGCACGUGGUGGUGUUAUCGAUGAAGAUGCUCUAGUCAGGGCUCUUGAUGCAGGAAUAGUUGCACAGGCUGCUCUUGAUGUGUUUACUAAAGAGCCUCCAGCAGCAGACAGCAAGCUGGUGCUGCACGAGAAUGUUACAGUGACACCACAUCUUGGUGCCAGCACAGUGGAAGCGCAGGAAGGAGUGGCCAUUGAAAUUGCUGAAGCUGUCACUGGAGCUUUGAAAGGCGAGCUUGCAGCUUCUGCUGUCAAUGCACCAAUGGUUCCUGCUGAGGUGCUGUCAGAGCUUGCACCCUUCGUUGUGCUUGCUGAGAAACUUGGGCGCCUCGCUGUCCAACUAGUUGCUGGUGGUGGCGGUAUCAAGUCUGUGAAGGUUACCUAUGCAUCUGCAAGGGCGCCUGAUGAUCUUGACACAAGACUUCUGCGUGCAAUGAUCACCAAGGGUGUGAUCGAACCAAUCUCCGAUGCCUUUGUCAACCUGGUCAAUGCUGACUUCACCGCAAAGCAGAGGGGCAUUCGCAUUAGCGAGGAGAGAAUCUUGAUGGAUGGCUCACCUGAGACACCUCUUGAUUACAUUCAGGUUCAGAUAGCCCAUGUAGAAUCCAAGUUCCCCAGUGCGAUAUCUGAGUCUGGAGAGAUCACAGUAGAGGGGAAGGUGAAGGAUGGUGUGCCUCACCUAACAAAGGUGGGAGCAUUUGAGGUGGAUGUGAGCAUGGAAGGCAGCCUGAUCCUCUGCAGGCAGGUCGACCAGCCUGGUAUGAUCGGUUCAGUUGGAAGCGUCUUGGGUGAGGAGAAUGUCAAUGUUAGCUUCAUGAGCGUUGGGAGGAUUGCUCCUCGCAAGCGUGCUGUCAUGGCAAUCGGUGUUGAUGAGGAGCCCAGCAAGGCCACACUGACCAAGAUUGGGGAAAUCCCGGCGAUUGAAGAGUUUGUCUUCCUCAAGCUCUAGGCGUGGAUGUGUAUGUUUGGAGUUACAAACAUGGUUGUGCAAUUUUGAUGUAGCUAGGCGUUUAAUCAGGGGUCUAGAGGACAGGUCGGUGUCGUUGGAAUAAGGUUUUUUUCGUGCAUGUUUUGUUGGUGGUUCUCUUCUGUUGGGUUUGGUUUGGCAUUUCUGCCCAUCCAUCUUCUGGCUGAACAUGAUGCUAUUAAUAAUAGUUUGGUGUCAAUGCUUGUCUGCUUAA